AUUCAGACCAUCGUCGAGUGAGCUACGAUUCAAGAAAACAAACACCUGAAUAAGUCCUUAUUUAUACAGCGUGCAUGUAGUAGAGAUGAGUGUGCAUUCAUUCAAUGGGAAAAGUACCCCAGGUAGAUGCAGUUCUCAUGGAAGUAUAAGUGGUAUGGUUAGUGGAGAACUCACUCCUGAUAUUCCUCGUCCAGUUUCAAAAGGAUACACAAGACUGAUUGAUCGUAUACAGAAACGAAUCAAUUCAAAGGAGAAAUUUUUUUCGUUGGAGUUUUUUCCACCUAGGACAGCCAAUGGUGCAGUUAACCUGGUUUCAAGGUUUGAUCGUAUGGCCCUGGGUCAGCCCCUGUUUUGUGAUAUAACAUGGCACCCGGCUGGCAAUCCUGCUGGCAAUUCUCCAACCAGUUCUAUGAUGAUUGCAAGUGCUGCUCUCAACUAUUGCGGUUUAGACACUAUGCUGCAUAUUACAUGUGCUAACUUAAAUAAAGAACAAAUUACAAAAUAUUUGAUCAAAGCAAAGAAUCAAGGUAUCAGAAGUAUUCUUGCUCUGCGUGGAGACCCUAUAAAUGGUGAUGAGUGGCAGAAAUUGGAGAAUGGUUUCAACUAUGCUACUGAUCUAGUCAAACAUGUCCGAGAUGAGUUUGGUGAUUAUUUUGUCAUUGCUGUGGCAGGAUACCCACAAGGACAUCCUGAUGCUGAAAGUUACGAGGAUGAUAUCAGACAUUUGAAGGAAAAGGUGGAUGCAGGUGCAGACUUCAUAAUCACUCAGCUAUUCUUUGAUUCACAAACAUUUCUCAAGUUUGUUAAAGACUGUCGAGAUAUUGGUAUUGUAGUGCCUAUUAUUCCUGGAAUAUUUCCCAUUCAGGGAUAUCAUUCACUUCGACAACUUGUUAAACUGUCCAAAUUGACAGUACCCAAACAUAUUACUGAUGUAAUUGACCCCAUUAAAGAUGACGAUGCUGCCAUUAGAAAGUUUGGAGUUCAUAAUGCUAUCAAGAUAUGUCAAGAACUCUAUAAAAGUGGGGAAGUGUAUGGAAUUCAUAUCUAUACAUUAAACCGUGAGGUUGCCAGUAUUGAAAUUCUGAAAAGUCUUGGACUUUGGUGUGAGGAGCCUAGCAGGACAUUGCCAUGGAAAACUACUGCAAAUCAUUUACGUAAAAGUGAGGACGUUAGACCGAUCUUUUGGUCAAUACGACCAAAGAGUUAUGUUUAUAGGACCCAAGAUUGGGAUGAAUUUCCAAACGGUCGAUGGGGAGACUCUGCAUCUCCCGCUUUUGGAGAAUUACGGGAUUAUUAUCAGUUCUGUCUGAAACCUAAAACCCAGAAAAAUGACUUGUUAAGAAUGUGGGGUGAGGAACUUUCAUCUGAGGAAGAUGUUUGGCAUGUGUUCUCGUGUUAUUUAUCUGGAAAACCAAACAGUAAUGGUCACAAGGUGAACUAUCUUCCUUUCAACGAGGAAGAAGAUCUUGCACCGGAAACAUCAUACUUGAAAGAAAGACUAAUCAGAAUAAAUGAAAAAGGAGUUCUGACAAUCAAUUCUCAGCCUAGUGUAUGUGCUAAACCAUCCACUGAUCCUGUGGUCGGUUGGGGUGAUCCUGGUGGUUAUGUCUUCCAGAAAGCUUAUAUUGAGUUUUUUACAUCAAGGGAAAAUGUGAAAGCCUUGUUGGAAAUCUUGCCUGAUUAUCUUCCAAGAGUCAACUAUCACAUUAUAAAUGCAUCAGGUGUUGAUGAUGCAACAAAUUCAGAUAAACUGAAACCUAUCGCUGUUACCUGGGGUGUUUUCCCAGGUCGUGAAAUUGUACAACCAACUGUUGUUGAUCCUAUCAGCUUCUGGUACUGGAAGGAUGAGGCCUUCGGAAUCUGGAAAGAACAUUGGGGGAAUCUAUAUGCAGAUGAUUCCGAAUCCAGACAGAUCAUUGAUUCAAUUCAUGAUAAUUAUUAUCUUGUUAAUCUUGUGGAUAACAAUUUCCCUGAGGAAAACAUACUGUGGGAAGUUAUUGAUAAAAUGCUAGAGAGAAAAAUGAAGAGAGUUGCAUCUGAGGAUCAAACUCAUGAAAUUCAUGUCAAGAAACUGAAGUUGUUGGAAGACUCAGAAAUGAAAUUGGAGAUGCCAAUAAAUGGUGAUAAAGUUAGGGUGAAUGCUAUUGAGCUUUAAAGAAGAUUUUGAAAUUGAAGAAUUCUGCAUCCUAGAUCAUCUUUUUGCCAAUGAAAAUUGGUUGAAUACAAGUAGUGAUGGUCUUUGCAUUUUCACUCGCCAAUGAAAAUGUUGUCAAACCUUAUACAGCAUGUUGGCUGGCCACAAAACUCGGAAGUAAACAGACUCCACCAGCAAUCAUUCUUGAACUCAUUGGAAUGUUGAUUUUGUAGUUCCCAUGCCUACCUUUUCAGCUCUGCUGCAUCAAAGAUAACUGAGCACGCUGUUCAUAUAGGUGAUAGUCUAUCCACCAGUCUGUAAGUUUUCUGCUGGUCAACAAUUACACUUUAAGCUUUUCUUGAAAACUUCCCGUCAGAUUGAUGGUGUUGGUAUCUGAGGUAUACAUUAUUUUUGUGGGGGGAAUGGACUGUGCCAACAAUUGGAUAAGUCAUUUUUUUCCAACUGCAAGAACCAAAAUAAUUUCUUCAGAUAAGUUGCAUUUUGUCUUGGUUGUGUUUAUUUUCUUGUAGACACGGAACGCUUUCAAAAUCAGCAGCUUGUUACUGCAGCAAAACAGUCAUAAUCUAGUCCUGUAGACUUGUAUAAAAAGAGCUCUGUAACUGAAAAAUUAUGAAUAAGAUUAUAUAAAUUUUGGAGCAUUCUGAAUCAUCAACUCAAAUUCACCCCAUCCCCUUGUACAAAAAUGUACUUUUAACAGGUUGUUCAGCUGACAUUCUGACCAAUCGGAGAGCAGCUUUUUUUGUUUACAGGAUCUUUCAUCUAACCAAUUCUGUCUAGUUUGUAUGCUUUGACCUGAAUGUAUUUUCGCACAAGUUAUUUACACGUUUACUUUUUUUUUUUGGUAAAUGUCUACUUUUCACAUAAUUAGAUUUAUGAGUAUUAUAUUUUCACAUUGAUGUCCAAGCACGUGGAAUUGGUCAGGUGUCACUUUAUGAUCAGUUUAAUAUCCAAACAAAUAUAAUUUGAAUUUUUUCAUGACAGCAUAGACAGCCAUUUUGAAAAAAAAAGUUCCAGAUUAAUUGAGGUAUUCGGGGGAAAAUUCAAGGCAAUUUAUGCAAAUGUAAAACAAAAAUCUUUUGGUUGUAUUUUUCUGAUGUAAAAUUAUACAUUUAACACUCUUGUUUCAUUAUGAAAUUAAAAUUACAUUGAUGGGCACGACAUAGUACUAUUUGGAAUUUUUAAGCAUAUAAUCAGCUGUUACAAAAUUUGUCAAAAAAGGUAGUCGCGUUCAUUUUACAAAGUUGUGGAUUCUUGUAGUGCAAGUAUAAAUAUAUAAUAAUUUGGAAAUAUUUGCAUAAAGUCUUAUUUUGGAGUAUUUAAGCAUGCUGCUCUUCGUACCAUUAUUUUUAUUUGUUUUUUUUUACCAGACUUUUUGUGUAUAGUUUGUUUAAUGCAAUUCUUUCUCUGUGUGCAUGCUCGUAUAGUGUACAUAUGCGCUUUCUCAUUGUAAAAUGGAUUAGAUAAAUAGCUGAUUAUUUUUGAACAUUUGGGAAGUAUUUUAAUUUGUAUUUCUACAAGCAUUUCAUAAAUCAGAUAACUAUUGGUGAUGAAAAUUUGUUGUCACAGGAAAUACUACAUUGAAAAGUACAAUUGUCAGAUUCCAUUGAAUACAUUGUAUU